AUGGGUACGCGUGCAUAUGCCGAAGAGGUAUGCGCCGCCAUCGACCCAGAGGGCAAGUUUUUUGGUGGUCGGCUACUUAGUCGCGAUGAGAGUGGUAGCCUGACGCAGAAAAGUCUGCAGCGGUUAUUCCCCACCGAUCAGUCCAUGGUAGUCAUCAUUGAUGAUCGCGCCGAUGUCUGGGAAUGGAGCCCGAACUUGGUCAAAGUCAUACCAUAUGACUUUUUCGUCGGAAUUGGCGAUAUCAAUUCCGCCUUCCUGCCCAAACUUGAUGCCAUGACCCCUGCACUUUCCAGUGGCCCGUCGGCCCUCUCCUCCCCAGAUCCCUCAGCUGAUAGUUCAUCAAGCUCGAGUGAGAAGUCGCUGGCUCUUUCGCCCCCUGACACGCCGCCAUCCUCCCCUUCCGUAUCCUCCAUCUCAGCCAGCACUACAGGCGACACCGUAUCCGCUGAGGCGAUCGCCAAGAAUGAGAUUCUAAAGCAAAACACGAUGGCGUUGGAGGCUCAAGUCGAAGAGCGGCCACUGGCAAAGAAGCAGGAGGAAUUGCAGGAAGCUUCUGGUUCCACGCCAAGUGAUGCGCCUGCUCAAGGUGGCACAAAUGGGGCCCCGACAGAGAACGCAGAUGAGCCAAAGCCAAAGCCAGUGCGAAAGGCUCUGCUCAAGAACGAUGACUCUGAGCUUGAACGUAUCGGAAAGUUGCUCGAUGAGGUGCAUCUAAGAUAUUUUGACGAAUAUGAUGCUCGGCCACUGGACGCGAAGAGCACGAAACGCAGGAUACACAAGGCCACAAACCCAGUUACGUACGAUGUCAGAAUCAUAAUCCCCCGCAUGCGAAUGGAUACGCUAGCCGGAGUGCACAUUGUAUUCUCUAGUGUUAUACCCCUUGAUACCCGUCCCGAGGCUACGGAGAUAUGGAGGACGGCACAUGCCUUUGGUGCAAAAUGCUAUACCGAACUCUCCAAUCGUGUCACACACGUUGUCGCUGCGAAGCGCGGAACACAGAAGGUGGAUGCCGCGCGACGCAGCGGUGGGAUUAAAAUCGUGUGGCUGUCCUGGUUCACGGACUCGGUCGCUCUCUGGAAGCGGCAGGACGAAACACCAUACCUGAUGGAUCCGGACCCCCCGCCCCAAGCGAGCGCUGCGAGUCCUCCUUCGGAUCCUCAUCAGAUUUCUUCUGAUCCUGAGCCAGACGCAGAUGACUGGGACCAGGAGCGUGCUGCCGCCCGCGGCGACGAGUUUGCGCUUGACGAAGUCGACUGGGACGAAAUCAACAACGAGGUCGAGGCGGCGAUGAACGAGAGCGACGACGAGGGCGCGAGCGAGAAGAGUGGGAGCGGGAAUGUCUCGGAAGACGAGACGUUCACGGACGAGUCGAAUAGUGCCGUCAGCAGCACAACGUCUUCUCCGAGGCUUAAACGGAAGCGGUUACGUAGUCUGACGCCUUCGGAGAUCGGGGGCCUCAAUGGAAACGUCGACUCUGACAUCCUCCGAUCCCGUCUCGCUAAGCGCAAGAAGAUCGCUGCGGACCGUACAGGCAACUCAAAGCUGAAAGAAGCCAUCACUGCCGAAGAUCUGGUCGGUGGUCACGCCCCCAGAGAGGUGGAGGACGAGGUUGCGAAGCCGGCUACGCCUCCGCGGGCUGACGAUAAUGACAGUGAUGAAUCCGACGAUGAGGACGACGAGGACGCGCCUAUGGAUGACGAAGACGAUUUCUUAGCUCGGGAGUUGGAGGAGGAAUGGGGAUAG